GUCUUAUGCCAUGCGGACAUUAUAUACCAGAGACAAGGUUUAAUAUUUGUUAUAGUACGAUUAACGACAGCAGUGAGUAAACUUCCAAUAGCGUCAGAAAAAAAAUUAGCAAUUAAAACAAUUAAAAAAAAUAUAAAGCACUUUAUUUUAAACCUGUAAAAUAUUGCGGAAACAGUCAAGCCAUAUUUACAGAGGGGAGUUCUCUGUGUAUCGAUGGGAAUCCACCAGCAGCAGCCAGCGACACAAACACACACCGCAGGCGAGGAAGUCACCGUAGCGCUACAACCCAGUGCGUACUUUAAACAUCUAAUUAUCAUGUCGAGUAGUGUGUUUUUAUUCGCGACCCGACAACUUCAGUCUGCUGCCUACUAAAUAGUCUCGGUUAUAUUAUAUGAUAGUGGUUUAUGAGCCUGGUAGCCGUACAGUAACGCACCGAAUGGCGAAGAGAAGCGCGAGACGCGGCUAACGUUAGUCUGAAGCUGCGACUCCAGCAGCCCAACAAGAUGAUGCGACGUCAGUGGGUUUAUGGUCAAAUCUGCGGCUAAAUAAAGGUGUACUACUGAAUAAAACACUAUAGUGGCGAUAUUGAUCGACCUCUUAGGGAAUACGACUAGUUAGCAGGCUAGCUGGGUUUAAAUCCGGUGAAACCGAAAGGGUGUUGUUGUUGUUAGCUGGGCCAGAUCGUCACAUUGCUUUACUCGGGGUUGUUUUAAUAUCGCCGGCGGGUAGUUGGGAUCUUUUCUAACAGAUAAAAUGGCAACGGGCUCCAGUUUCCAUUCCGGAGGGAGUGGAUCUAGAAACGGACCAUCAUUCGCAUCACCGUCGUCUUCCUCGUCUGGAGUGCCAGGACAGGCUCAGCCGAUGGCGGUGGUUUGGGAAUGGCAGGAUGAUCUGGGCUACUGGAGGCCCUACACCGGACAGGUGAGCAGCUACAUCGAGCAGUGUCUCCAGCACCAGAGAGGAGCCGGGCCCGCCAGCAGCAGCAUCUGUCUGGCACAGGCAGACCCCAGCCUGUCUGCGUACAUCAUCGACAUCCCCAACCUCAAACAGUUCAGACAGGACACGGGAAAGAUGCGUGCUGUGCGGCGAUCCCUGUUCCCGCAGUCCUCUGCCCUGGGCAGUGGGGUUCUUUGGGAGUGGGCCAAUGAUGAAGGAGGGUGGACGGCGUAUGAGAUCCGAACCUCCAUUCUGCUGGAGCACAGCUACCAGGCAGGGCAGGCCACAGCUGACCUGAGCCCACACGGCUACAACUACAUUGUGGACCUCACUGCUCUACAGCAAGUCAACAAGGCCACCAGCUACAGACGACAUGUCAGGCGGCAAGGCAGCGUGCCAUAUCCUCUCGCCUCCGGUUCGGUUAUUCACUCGGGCCCGGCCUGUUCCUGUCACCAAUGUUUGAGCAAUAGCAGCGCCGCCGGACCCAUGCUGAGCCGGUCACGGCAUUCCUUUACCGUGGGGCAGGCCAACGGGCCCAGCCUCCAGACCCAGCAUGGACGACUUCCUGGAACCAGCUCUUCUUCAGCCUACUCGCCCUACCCCAGAAGACCUCUCUCGAUGGGAAGCUUGUUAUGGAACGGCCCGUGGAGUACCCCCACCUCUGUGGCUCAUCCUUCAGGACCACCACAGGCUUUUGGUCACCAUGCAAAUGGCUUAAGCAUCCCAACCAUCCCUCUACACAUGAACGGAUCCAGUAGUGUGAACUCUGCACUGGCAGGCAUGGCUUCCAUUUUGAUGUCAGCUGCAGGACUGGGAGUUCGCUUCUUGACCGCCCCCUUCUGCCAGAGUGGCUCCAGCAGGCCCACCAAUGGCCAGCCCAGCUCCAUUAAGAGGGCAAAGAGACAGUCCAGGACAGCACCAGCUCAGAAACCAGAAGAAGUCAUUAAGAAAUACAUGGAGGAAGUGCCUGUGGUCCCAGAUGAGGACUGUAUUAUCUGUAUGGAGCGCCUGUCCUGCCCGUCUGGUUAUGAGGUCCCAGCUGAGUGCUCUCAGUCUCUUCAGCCCAACACUGUGGGCAAACUCACAAAAUGUGGUCACACUUUCCAUAUGCUCUGCAUGCUGGCCAUGUACAACAAUGGAACCAAGGAUGGGAGUCUUCAGUGCCCCUCAUGUAAGACAAUCUAUGGAGAGAAGACCGGUACCCAACCAAAGGGCAAGAUGGAGAUUUACAGUAUCCCUCAGUCUUUGCCUGGACACGCAGACUGCGGCACAAUACAAAUCAUUUACAACAUCCCGCCCGGAAUACAGGGUCCUGAGCACCCAAACCCUGGGCAGCCGUAUACGUGCAGAGGAUUCCCUCGCUUCUGUUUCCUUCCUGACAAUGACAAAGGAAGAAAGGUGCUGGUGCUGCUGAAAGUGGCGUGGACACGGCGCCUCAUCUUCACCGUGGGCACUUCCAGCACCACAGGGGAGCCGGACACCGUCAUAUGGAACGAGAUCCACCACAAGACGGAGAUGAUGUCCAACGUCUCCGGCCACGGCUACCCCGACCCCAACUACCUGGACAAUGUGCUCUCAGAGCUGGCGUCACAGGGCGUGACGGAGGACUGCCUGAAAUGAGAACCUCAGUGCCAGGGGGCUCAGGGUGCAGCCAUGUGAACCGGACUGUCCCAUCUACUGUAGAUUUAAUAAAACUUGAUGAAAAG